UACUGACACUUUGCAGACUCGGGAUGCUCUCGUAUAUAACUCAGAUAGGGAGUCUUCUGCUGGUCUGUCAGAGCCUUCUUGUUCAGUGUCUAAAGAAGUAUGUAACCAAAAAGAAAUAGAUCCACAGGUCCACUCCUGUAGUUUGCAUGAAGUUUCAACUAAAGUUAAAUCGGAAGAGUUAAGAAAGGCCUGUCAAUUGGGAAUUAAUGGCACAGAAAGUGAAUCACUUAGAGGUGCUUUAGCUUUCCAUGAUGACGUUAUAGAGGCACAGAGCAUAACUAAAGUUAAACCAAAGGAUCUGAUUGAGAUUGACAGUUUACAUCUGGUAUUUCAAACUUCAGUGGAUGGCUCUGAAGGUGAAAAUGGAGAUCUAGAUGUCAUUUUUCAGCAGCUUGAUACUGAAGGGAGAGUCUAUUGGGCAGAACCAAUCAAUAUUUCCAAUCCAACUCCGGUGCUUGAGGAGUCAUGCAGCAUUGAAACUUCAGAUGGCCCUCCUGAAACACAUUGGCCAAGAGGACCAGAAGCUCAAGAUUCAUUUUCAUCCACAGACAGAGCUAUGCCUUUCUCUUAUUCAUCCUUAUCAACAGUUGACACUGAACAAACCGCAAGAAGUGGAACUUCCUUCACAGAUACACCCCCCUCCUUCAUUCUAGCCCCCUUUGAAAUCCCAGACCUCAAGCCACCAGGCUGCUCUGUUUCUGUUCAGAUGUCUUCAUCUCCAUCUUCUCAUAUUGUCCAUAGGAAGGAUAUUCCCUAUAUGAGUGAAUCAAAACGCACUCUUCUCCAUAGUGUUCUACCUUUAGACACUUCAACCCCUUUCCGUGCUGUCCAGUCAUGGACAGAUCUGCAGAUUCAAGGAAACACCGUCACCAAGAAAUUAUCACAUGGAGCUCUUCAUACAGUCCCAAAGUUUGCCGCAUCCACAGCUGCCUCAGAAACGACUCAAAGACCUACGUUGAUUUUCUCUUCAUCUUCGUCUUUCCCUCUGCUGUCUUACGAUGAGCAGUCACAUGACUGUCUCCCUGGGAUGGCUAGAAAUUACAAUGCUAUGUCAAUCUCUGUGGAUAAAGAGCUGUGGCCUGGUGAAGAGGAGGUGGACAGGAGUGAAAAUGUGGACAAGGACAAGCUUUGGGAGGGCAAUCAAGUAGCCACCAUGCCAUGCUACUGCACCUGUGACCAUCAGAACAACAAGCAACACACUCUAGGACACAUUGCUUACUCUUUGGAUGAUUUGGAGGAGAUGAUGCUGUGUCUGCAGCAAUUUUUCUCUGUGCUCUGCAACAUGGAGGAGCAGCUCUCUGAAGACCAGGCUGCAGUUUACAGUGUUCUCUCUAACCAGGACAGGGAGAAGGUUCAGGACAUACAGGAGCUGAGACGAGCAGUGAAAAAGGAGGCUGCAGAGUUGGAGAAACAGUUGAAUGAACUGGCCCAUCACUAUGAUAAUAGCUUGAAAAUGAAGAUGCACAGACUCUUGGAUGAGCAGUCUCUGCUCUGCUCUCAACUCAGAGUCUUUCUACCUGGAAUGGUGUCCGAAAAUAAGACAGUUGCCACCCAGCGCUGUCUUCUGCCCUGGACCACAACGGCUGAUGUGCAGAAUGGCCACGCCUCCUGUAUAACCUGGAACAUGGACUAUGUCAGACAGUCACCUCCUGAAUCAGAGAGCACCUUCAAAGACGUCAGCUGUUCCCCCACUAAGGCAGACAAGCUAGACAUAGUGGGCAUCCUCCAGAGACUAAAGGAGUCUUUGCGUCACUCUGUGAAUACAGACUCAGUGGACUAAAGGACAAGGCAUGGUGUGACCCAUUGCAGAGGAUCAUAGCCAUCGAUGGAAUUCUGAAAGGAAGUGGAUAACUUUCAAUCUGUCAUAUGAACCUGAAGCUUUUUUUUAGCAUGCAGAUGCACAUCUGUAUGUUAAUACUGAUUAUGUAGGAGCUUAUUUUUUUGUUACUGGACGGAAUUUAGCUCCUAUUGUUUUUCAAUUUAUAGUUCAAUCAAUAUUUGUCAGAGGUGGGGGACUAGAGUCACAUCAGUUGACUGGAGUUGCAAAUUUGAAGACCUGUGACUUGCUUGACUAGAGUUAAAGACUUUUCUUGACUUUGACUUGGUAUUCAUGACUUGAGACUCAACUUUGGCAUGAGGCAGAUGACUGGAAAGGACUUGACUGCGAGUGCAGUGAAGACAUACAGAGUGACGGUGUCUGACAGUGAUAUUAGUCUCUAUACUACCACAGUGCUGUGUCAGCUACACGACACUGUGAACAUCUAAGUUGAGUGUGUGGACAGUCUGGCUAUUUGUUGGUGAAUAAAUGCAACUCAACAAGACUCAAGCUCAGUUUCCGUGUCAUGCCACCAGCUGAUUAAAGUGAAAUGGGCUAACCCUGACAUUUAAACCUCAGCCCUGCUUUGGGGCUUCAGAGUGAUUAUACCUGGUCCACCUUAAAUGUUGGUCCUUAAGUUUGUUGCUAACCCCUGGGUUUCACUUUAAUCAGCUGGUGGCAAGCAAGACAUGGGAAGC